CUCAGAAAUCUUGCUAGAUGUCUGAAACAGUAGAGCCAAUACAACGCUUCCAAAACCUGGGACACGCAAUCUCCUGGCAAAGCUCUUUGUUCGCACCUGGGACGCCCAAUGCAAGGCCGAACCAAGCGCUGGUGCUAUCGCGGGUUCGGGUGUCGCCGGUCUGCCUCCUCUGUCCAAGGCCAAGAGCAAGAGCAAGGGCAAGGACGACCGAACCGCGUGUGCUGCGGGACCGUCCAACGGAUCUCAUGCUUCAGCCUCUGCAGCAGCCCCAGCCACGAUGACUGCAUGGACGCACGAUACUCGCUCGGGUGCAGCUCUGCUCGCGAUGCUUCCGCCAAAUGUUUGCGAGAAGCAGCGUCCCAAGAUUGCCAACGGAAAGCCGGAAACCUGGGACACUACUGUGCUUGCAUCCAUCCUCUUGAACGUGUUGCCGCUCAGCGAGAACGAUCGCAGUGCAGUCCGCGAGAUUGUCGAGUAUCGCAACGACUUUGCUCAUGCCACGGCGUCUGAGAUUACGCCGCUCGAGUACGCGAGAAUCCGCGACGGACUGCGCGCAGCCCUCGUCGACAAACUGGCCACGGAUGCCGCCGAAUUCGACGCCUGCAUCAUCGAAACACUGCACAGAGUGUCGGCGCCCGCACCAGACGCCGUCGCGGCUGCAGAGCGCGAGAAGGCUGCUGGCAACGAGCUGUUCAAGCAAAACGCAUUCGACGAAGCCAUCAAGUGCUACACCGCUGCCCUCCUUCGCGUCGAGCAUUAUCCGUUCGAGCUUACUGCAAUCCUCCUGACCAACCGCGCCACGGCUCAUCUGAAACUCGCACAUUUCGUCGAGGCCAAGCAUGAUGCCAAGCGUGCGCUUCUGCAGGGCACGCCGGCGUUCAAGGCACACCUCCGUCUGGCAGAGGCGUAUCUGAAGUGCGGCAAGCACACCAAGGCCUGCAAGCACGCCGAAUGCGCGUACAGUGGCUUCCAGCCGGGUACUGCCGAGAAACGCCUAGCACGCGAGCUGCUCGACAAGUGCCGCCUUGAGCGCGCCAUAAUCGAACGUGGGGAGGACCAGAAUUCAGCGUAUUCCGCGGCAUUUCUGAAUGCGGCCGAGUCUCCGUUCCGCCAGCGAGACGUGGCCCGAGAGCUCCAGCUGAACGUCCAAGCACACAAGUUGCGAGAUGAUGGCAAGUUUGCACAGGCCUAUCCACUCUUUCUGCGUCUGGCGCAGCUUGGCAACGCGAUUGGCAUGUACAACGUUGGUCUUUUUCUGAUGAAUGGGCAAGGAGUUGCUCAAGACAUCGCGCAGGCAACUGCCUGGUUUGAGAAAGCGACGCAAGUCCCGAUUCGUGAUGACCAGGAGUUCAAGGACCAGCGGGCCGCGAUAGGAUUAGCGUUUGUUGCGCUCGGCAACAAUCACUUCAAUGGUAUCGGCUGCUCCAAAAAUUUACGCUUGGCGUUAACCUACUACCAGCGUGCUGCCGCUCUCGAGGCGCCCAUGGGCUACAAAAUGCUUGGCCUGUAUCACUGGGAGGGCGUCGAUGAAUUACCCGUCGACCGGGCGCUCGCGCGAGAUUACUUCCGCCUUGCAGUUGAAGCCGGGAGCCAUGAGAGUAUGACCAACAUGAGCUUGCUACUACGCGACUUGGGCAUGUUGGAACGCGCAGCGCAGUGGGCAGACACGGCCGAAAGGUUUGGCAUUUAUGCAGCUACCGCGUUGGCAUCGGAGAUUCGAUCGACUAUUCAACGAGUAGGCCCUAAAGCCCUUCAACAGGUCCAAGAAUUUUGCAAUAUGAUGCCUCGGCUCCGCGCUCCUCCGACUUUGCUACCGUUCAACCAGUAUCCCACGCUGGACGAGCUGGAGGCCAUCGCCUCGCCGACUGUCUACCUGAGCAGUCUGAUCAGUGCCAAGCGUCAGCUGAUCGCUGCGAUCGAUGAAUUUCGCAGGAACCCAGUGACAGCCGACAGCACGCGUCGCCUCAUUUCGCGGGCAGCGAGCGCCAGGCGUACCGUUGACGGCGGGCUUGUUUGUGAUCCGGAAAGUGCGGCAGUCCUUCAAGUCAUUCUCGAGCAAUCACAUCCAGACGAGACCUUGGAACAUGACAGACGUACUCUGCUGUCUGGCACAGAGGUUGAGUACGCGAUCUCGGCUGCCAACCAAUACUGCGAGGACAGCUUCCUCAACCUGCGGACCGGGUGCCAGCUGAUGUUUGAUUCCUCAGACAAAGACAAAGAAAAGGGACUGUUCUAUCUGCGCCGCGCCUUCCAGAUCGUGGCCAACCGCAGCGAGAACGACCUUGAGCGACUUGACGUGACGUAUUCACUGGGCACUGCGUACCGGAUCUGUGACAAGCCCGAGCAAGCGCGCAAACUCUUCAUGCAAUUUCUCGAGCACAGACACCUUGGUCAUCGUAAAGUAUGCGAAGCGUACUUUCAGCUGGGAAUCCUGGCUCUUAUGCGCCAUGAUUCUGUCGAGCAAAGUUGUCGUGAAGCGCAAACGCUCCUCGAUCUGGGCAUUGCGGCACAGCACACCUUGCCGGGAUUUCUGCAGCCACGCCACAAGUCACCCAAUCGUGAGCUGCUCGAGGACCUUUUGGCCAUGUUCGCCAAGCGGUACCCUGCCGUCCCUCAAGAGGGCGGCCAUGUAUUGGCGGGACCUCGUGCUCCUGAAGCCUUAAUGCCGCGUGGUCUCUCCUCCAAGGUCCUUGAAGUGUAUCGCUCGUCGCGCGUGAAGUUUCUGAAGGAGGCCCAACACAUCAAGCCUACGUUCACAUUCACAACACCCAGCGAACACAUCACCUCUGCUGACACUUUGCCCCUCUCCCCGAUUCAAAUCGACGAGAUGUUUCUCCCUUGCGUCGAAAGGCUGUAUCACAACCGUGUCGUUGAGUGCGUGAUUGUGGGAAGUGGCUUUCGCGUGACCCCCAUCUCGUAUAUUGUCGAAGACUCAUCGCGAGCUCCGGCCAUAUUGAGCAUCUACAACCUCUCUGCGGCGCAAGAGAGGUUGCUUGUGCCUGGCCGAGUUAUCAAGAUCAUUUCUCCGUUGGCACGUGUGCCACAGUCGGGCCCGAUAUGCAUUCGUGUCGAUGACCCUCAGCACCGCUUGUUUAUUGGUGAUCACAUCCCGCUGUGUUGGUUCUGCCUCAAGCAGCAAGAAGCCUCUCUACUCAUGACGUGCGGACGAUGCAAGCAGGCGAAGUACUGCUCCGAGACGUGUCAACGAAGCGACUGGCAGCAGAACGGCCACAAGUUUUUAUGCACGGCGUCCACCCGUUGACACUCUGCAUGUGUUUGUGUGUGUGUGUGUGUGUGUGUGUGUGUGUGUGUGUG